AUGCAGAAUAUCAAAACAAGGUUAGAGGCUGAUCUUAUACCUACUUAUAACUUCACUGUGACAAUGUAUGAUUCAAGAGAUGACAUUAUGAAGAUUAUCACUGCUUCCGAUUACGAGCAAGAUGGAAAUCCAGGCAUUUGUUUUGGAACUGUUUUCACAGAAGCUGAAACUGAUAAAAUUACAGUGAAUAUGAUCUUUGACGACAUCCUGACUGAAAGAAGCGAUGACCCUAACAUGCCGAAUCAAGACCUGCCUGCAGUUGAUGACUUCCAGAGAGGGCCAAAUGAGGAUGCUAUCAGGCAAUACAAAAGAGGAGGAUAUACUUAUUUGCAGAAUAUUAUUGCUAAUGAAAUUUUGAUGAACACAAGAGGAACUGGAGCCUACAUUACAAUGCUUUACACAGGAAUGAAGACUAAUGAAUACGUAAAAGAUGACUUUUCAGAUCAGAUAAGAAACAUGUGGGAAUUUAUCAUUCUCUUCGUUGUCUUAGCCCCAAUGUACAGAUUCAUAUACAACUGCACAGAAGAGAAAGGGUCAAAAAUUAGAGAAGCUAUGAAGAUUAUGGGCCUGAGUGAUCUUCCAUAUUGGCUAUCUUGGUUUACUUACUACUUUAUAGUAAACACUCUCCAGUGUCUUGCUAUGGUCUUAGUCCUGAUCCCAGUCUUUGAGAACACCAACAAGUUGAUCCUAUUCCUUUAUCUAUGGUUGUACGGAAUUUCAGUGUUUGGAUUUGGUAUCUUUGUAUCGGCAUUUUUCUCUUCUCCUAAAACUGCAGGGAUGGCAGGUAUCAUGCUCUUUUUCUCAAUAGGAUUCUUCAAUAAUAUUGUGAAUGAUAGAACAGUCUCUGAGACAACCAAGAAUUUUGCGUCUUUAUUUCCAUCCCUUGCAGCCCAACUCGCUGGAGUGAACUUGCUAAAAUACGAAGAAGCUGGAAUCGGAGUAAGAUUCGACAAUGCCAAUGAAAUUUAUGAAAAUUACAGAUUCUGAACUUGCCUCUGGAUGAACUUGAUCUCAUUUUGUAUCCUCUCUGUACUUGGAAUUUAUCUUGAGAAUGUUCUUCCAUCAGCUGUAGGCGUCAGGAAGCCGCUCUGGUUCCCAUUCACUAAAUCUUUCUGGUUUGAUACGAAGAAAAAUUCAAAACAAGCUUCCGAAAAUUGUUGCGAAAACCCAAAAAGGAGCUGAAGUAAGGUCAGAAAUUCCUCAAAUCUUGAAGAAAAUUCUGAGGACCAGGUGGAUAUAGACAUGACCAACUUCGAAGAAGUCCCUGAAUACCUGAGAAACAAAGAGGAUGACCAUGAAUUCAUCAAUAUCUCUAACCUGAAGAAAAAGUUUGACAAGUUCUGGGCUGUAGAUGGGCUUGACAGUAAAAUGUACGAAGGCCAGAUAUUUGCUCUUCUUGGUCAUAAUGGCGCAGGGAAAACCACUACCAUCAAUAUGUUAUGAGGGAUGAUGUCUCCUACUAGUGGUCAAGCAUCUGUUUACGGAUAUGAUAUCAAGGAGGAUAUGAAAUCACUCAGAAAAAUUAUGGGGUAUUGCCCUCAGCACAACAUUUUGUUCCCAAAACUGACUGUUGUUGAGCAUCUAAAGAUCUUCGCAGAUUUUAAAGGACAAAAGAGCGAUGAGAUCCAAGAAGAAAUCGAUGAAAUCCUAAAAGAUCUAAACAUGGCAGAUAAGAGGAAUGUACUCUCGAAGAACCUCUCUGGUGGAUACAAGAGAAAGCUAUCCCUCGGCAUUGCUCUCAUAGGUGGCUCCAAAAUUGUGUUCCUUGAUGAACCCUCAAGCGGAAUGGAUGUCACUGCAAGGCGUGAAAUGUGGGAUAUGCUUAAGAAAUACAAAAAUGACAGAAUAAUCCUCCUUACUACACACUACAUGGAGGAGGCUGACAAUUUAGGAGACCGCAUUGGAAUCAUGUCGCAAGGCAAAAUGCUUUGCUGAGGUAGGCCAGAGUUCCUGAAAAAUAAAUUUGGAGAGGGCUUUAACUUAGUAAUUGUCAAAGAGCAAAGAGAAGAGAAUCUGGAUCUUCAAAAUUUUAUCAUGAAGUCGAUCGAUGGAGCAAGAAAAAUCUCUGAAGUCAGCUCUGAAGCUACUUAUCUUUUGCCCAAAGACUCUACUCAUAUGUUCCCAGAAUUCUUCAAGGAAUUUGAUAACAGACUUGGAGAAUUGAGAAUCAGUUCUUAUGGAGUCUCAAUGACAACAUUGGAAGAAGUUUUCCUAAAAGUUGAGAAUUCUGGCAAAGGAGAAGAUGAAAAGGCUAUUGAAAGAAUCAAAAAGAGGAUGACUUCAGAGUAUAAUCCUGAUGAAGAAUAUACUAUUUCCAAGGAGCAAGUUGAGGGAAAUAUCAGCAUAUUUUUCUUACAUUGCUGGGCACUCUUGAUAAAAAGAUUUACUUUGACUAAGAGAAAUAUAAAAGGUCUAUUUAUGGAUAUUUUUGUACCGUUUGUGUUGAUUCUUAGCGGAACAUGGUUUGCAACAGUCGGGUUUUACAAAGACUCUCCAAAGAGAAUACUCGAGCCAAGUCUAUUCCCAUUAGAUCAAAGAAUUAUCUACAAUACUUAUACUACUGGAGGACACAAUUCUGCAAAUUUGAUCGAUUUAUUAGAUCCGUCUUCAAACUUUACUUCUUCUGCUAUCACUGCCAAUGGAUCAACUGAGAGAAGUCGUCUUGUAAACUUUGACGAUCAGAUUUAUAAUGCUUCUCUUGAUGAGCCUUUAUCUCCAGCAAGAUUUGGCCAUUAUUACUUUAAUUUUCUGGAUUACACAAAUCAUCAAUAUGAGAUCGCAACAUUUUACAACAGCACAAGUCAAGAUUCCCAUGUGGCUUUUCCGCACUUUAUGUAUGAAGCAAUUCUGAAGAAGUCUAUCAGCUCGAGCUUCAACUAUACCAUGAUAAAUGAUCCAAUGCCUGUUGUGAACGUGUACAAAGACCAGGAUAGAGGGUCGAACUCCCUCUACCUCUGCUUAGUACUUGCUAUCGGUCUUACACUAAUCCCGGUCAGUAUUAUAGGAUUUCUGAUUCAUGAAAAAUCGACCAACCUGAUUCAUCAGCAAACUAUCAGUGGAAUGGACAAGACUGCAUAUUGGGUAUCCAACUAUAUUUUCGAUAUCAUAAGGGUGUUUGUGCCCAUCUUGAUUUCAAUCGCCUUGCUGUAUAUCUUCGGAGUGGAGUAUCCUUAUGCUUGGCUAUUGCUCCUUCUGUUCCCAUUUGCUAUUGUUCCAUAUACAUAUGUGACUUCUUUCUUUUUCACUGAAGACUCUACAGCCCAGAAUUUUACUAUACUGCAUCACAUGUUUAUAGCAGGGAUCUUACCAAUCUUCCUCUUUGUGCUGAGACUGACAGAUGCAACACAAGAUUUUGGAGAUAACAUCAGGUGGUUGUUCAGACUCAUCCCUUCUUAUGAUACAGUUGGAGGUAUUUCAUCCAUUGCUGUGAAAGAUCUUUUAGCAAAUGACAGAAAGGAAACACCUCCAACUCCUCUCUCUUUCGAUGCAGCUGGAGGGGAUCUUGUCUUCUUGCUCAUCCACAUUAUUCUAUGGCCCAUUUUGCUGAUCCUGAUCGAGCUAGGAGUCUUCGAUUUCUUAAGGAAUAAAGGCAAGAAUAUUCAGGAUGAUGACAUACAAUUUGAUGAUGAUGUUGAAGCUGAGAUACUCAGAGUAGAGCAAACUCCUGAGUCUGAUCUUGCAGUCAAAGCCAGCCAUCUUAGAAAAGUCUUUGGUAACAAGGCUGCAGUAAAGGACAUUUCAUUUGCUCUUGAGUUUGGAGACUGCUUCUGACUCCUUGGUGUCAACGGAGCAGGCAAAACUUCCACCUUUAAAAUGCUGACUGGAGAUAUCGUACCAACCAGAGGAGAAUCUCAUAUUUGAAGCUACAAUGUUAAAAAGGAUUUCUCUGAGGUUAGAAAUCAAAUUGGUUACUGUCCACAAUUCGACUGUAUCUUUGACUUGAUGACUGUCAGAGAGCACUUGAAGUUCUACACAAAGAUUAAGAAGAUUCCUCAAGAAUAUGCUUCUAAACUUAUCACAGACCAAUUGAAAAGUAUGAACUUAGAGCAAUAUGAAAACAAACUUGCAGGAACUCUUUCGGGAGGAAACAAGAGGAAACUCUCGGUAGCAAUGGCAAUGAUUGGGAAUCCUCCGGUGGUCUUCCUAGAUGAGCCAUCUGCAGGCAUGGAUCCCAAGGCAAGAAGGUUUAUGUGGGAGGUUAUUGCUAAAAUCUCUACGAGAGGAAAGAACUCAGCUGUUAUCUUGACUACUCAUUCCAUGGAGGAAGCAGAAGCACUUUCGACCAAUAUGGGAAUUAUGGUUGCAGGCCAAUUCAAGUGCUUUGGCUCAAAACAGCAUAUUAAGAACAAGUUCGGAACUGGGUAUCAGGUAGAGAUUAAGUACAAAGGACUCAAUGAUAAGGAAGUUGAAGAAAGAAUUGAGGAGUUAGGUUUAGUCCCCUUCUUAAGGCAAAAAUAUCCAACGAUGUACAAACUCGAAAAUUCAAACGGACAGGAAUUAAUAUUGUUGCGCAACGAGGCCUGAAGGGCAAUUCUUGAAGAUCUACUACAAAGCCAUAAUAUAUUGGCUGAGUUCCAUUCAGAAGGCUUUGGAAAAGAAAUUAUUAAGAUUCUGGAUGAGAGAGGAUACUAUCCAGCAACAGAAUUACUAAAAUGGGAACAUAUCACUAGAAAUAAUUUGGAAGCCAUUAAAGUACUUGUCUCUGAGUUUGGAGAAACACUAUUAAUAGAACAGAUUUACCCACGCUACAGAUAUUCAGUCCAGAAGCAAGAUAAGUCAAUUGGAUAUUUCUUUGGAUUACUGGAGAAGGUAAGGGAGAAGCUCAAUUUGGACGAGUAUUCAGCAUCCCAAACCACUCUUGAGCAAAUUUUCAAUGGAUUUGCGAGGUCUGAAGGUCACCAAUCUGUUCAAAGAAGAUUUAAUCCAGAAAUCAUUGAUAACUCAGGAGGAGAAUUUUUCUCCGAAAGAUCUGACAAAAAGAAGAAUAAUCUUAUACAGAAAUCCGAGAUUUCUGGUCUAAUUGAUGAAGAAGACUAAAUUUCAAUCCA